AUAGUAAGUACAAUAACUUUAUCUGUUGUAACAUUGUAGUGGAUCAAUCUGUAUCAUCUUGCAAACGUGAGUUCGUUAAUUCUAGGCUUUUCACACAUAUACACAGUCAAAUAUUUGAGUAUUAACAAGAUUGCAACAAUACAGAAUGUAAAAAAUUAUCAACAAAGCCUAUUACAUGAAAAUAAUUCGGGAGUUUGUUGUAAAAAAAUUAACCUGGAUAAACGUAAGUUCAUUUUGACCUUCUCUUGUAGUACAUACUUUGAUGUCAAGUGAUACUAAAGGUCCUUCCAUUCUUAUGAAAUAAAAUGGGCCUAAUAUGCAUUCAGACAUGUGUGUAUUGUAUGAAAAAGACAAAUUCGUCAAAUGAGUUUACGGACCGGAGUCCUAUCAUAAAUUUCUUACAGGUGCAACAAAAUCAGAUUGAGAUUAACCUUGAACAUGAGAUGAGAGAGCUGAGAGCGCAUGGGAUGUCUAGAUUAGAAGAGAAAUACGAAACAGCACAAAAACAGCAUGAAUUGAAACUUCAACUGAUAGAGCAACAGAUAAAAGAUAAAGAAAAUGAGCUUCAGCUUAUGCUAAAUUUUAGAUCUGCAGGAAAACAAAAGAGUCUUAAAGAGCAAUUCUUGCUUGAUCUACAGAUAAAUGUUAUUGCUAAAAAUGGUGAAAAAAGUGCUGAAGGGAAUCAACGAAUUUAUGAAGUAAUGAGAGAUUAUAUUAAAGAUAACGAUGAUAUGACUGGUUCGUCUUUUGAUGAAAUAUCAACUGAUACACCAGUCUACCACCUCGUAGAUUUCAUCAAGGCCAUAAAGAAAUGCCGCAUCGUUGAUAUUUCUACCACUGACCAAUCGUCAACAGACAUACAAAUCAACUGCACCAGUUCGAAGGCCAUGGAAGAUUUUCUUACGGCUAUCAGCAGUAACGGAUUUCAUCAAGAACUGUUUGAGCUUAGACGAUGGUUACUUGUGCAAUGUGACAUUGAAUCGCAUGACAUAAUUGCCAAUUGCUCUUCAAAUGGCAUAGAGAAAGUAAAACAACGUCUGUACUUUACCGGCGUAACCAGAUCUAUGACUUGUACCGAGCAUCAACAUACACAAUGUACUCUCUAUUGUCCAGACCAUGACACGUUUUUAUGUACAGCAUGCAGAGAAUCAAAACAUGGCACAUGUCUUGGAAUAAAACAAGUUACAUCUGAAAGGUCUUACGUUGAACAGAAACGUCGUCUCAACAUCAAAAGUAUAAAAGGGGUUUAUAGCGUUAGGAUAGAUAAUACUUUGAUAAAUAGAAACAAAAAUGAUCAAGAUGAGUGUAUUAUCACUAGUAUGUGUAUGCUUCCUAAUGGUGAAGUUCUCCUUGCUGACAUCUUGAAUAACAGACUGAAGAAAUUGGACAGUUCGUACAAGGUAAUAAGUCACUGUGAUGUAACUGAACAUCCCUUUUCUGUAUGUUAUAUAGGCAACGAUACAGCUGUUGCUAGUUUAAGUGGCAAUUCCAUACAGUACGUGAAUAUAUCAGAUAAUAUUAACCUGACACAAUUAGUGAAGCUAGAUCAUGAAUGUUACGAUCUAGCUUGUCACGGUGACACACUCUAUAUUUGCAGUAGAUACACAAUUUACAAUUAUAACAAAGACUGUACACAACAGCAUGUGCUCUAUCAUUAUCCGGACAAAACCUACAGUCCCUUAAUUGCUAUAAGUGACAAUGGGGAACGACUCUACUUCAAGGCAAAAACCGAUCUAACUACAACAGAUGACAAAGGAAAUCAUUUAUUCGACGAACAAUUUGACGGUUAUCGCUUACGUGAUAUAUGUAUGGUUGGUGAAGGUAUUGUUCUUGUAUUAGAUGAAACAAACAGUAUUCAUCAGCUGGAUUAUAAUGGAAAAAAGCAUCGGACUGUAGAUAACAUGCCAUUAAAUAUUUCAUUUCCGCAGUCUAUGUGUUUCGACAGAGAAAGAUGUAGACUUAUUGUUGGUGGUAGUGAAGACAAGAUACAUGUUUACAAAUGCGAGUUUUUGCCAAGUUAGUUAAUAAAAUUUUGAUAAACAGAGAACCAAAUGAAAAAUGCAUCGCUUAUCUACUUUUGUUUAUUUAAAUUUAUAAGUUUGUAUGUUUGCUUAUUUCUUCAUCGUGCCAUUGCUUAAUAGUUUGAUGUAGUACGUAAAUAUCUUGAAUGUAUUUGUAAGGACAUGUAUAUAUUAGAUAACUUUUU